AAACUCGGAAGAAUAAAAAAAAGGCACACCCCCCGGAACCUUCUCUAUUCUCUCCCCUCCGCCCUCCUCUGCUCCCGCAAGAACACGGGCGCGAGCGCGGCCGCCGGUUUGACCCGCCCGCGAGCUUAUAAGCGGCAGUCUCCCCCGGGAACGGCUUGUCGCCCAAGCCGCUCACGUUUUCCCGCGCCUGCCGCCUCCUCCGGCUCCUGCCUGGUCGGUCUCGGAUUCCCUCGAGCGAAAGCGAGAAGAGGAGAGGACCGGCGCUUCUUUCCCUGUCCGCCUCUUUCUCUCGUCUCGCGCUCUCCGUCCGUUCCGCAGAAAGCGGCGCGGAUAUAGUUUGGGGGGAGAGUCGCUUCGUCUCUUGAUUCCGGCGGCGGAGGCGUGGUUCGCCCGUUCGUCUUUGGCGGCGGCGGGGGGCCGUGGAUGUGAGGGAGGCCUCCGGCAGCAGAGCGUCCGUCGCCGGACGGCGGCGACGAUCGAUGGACUCGGUGAAGGCGUGGGUGGCGGCCAACUACGCGGAGCCCAUGGCGUCGAUGCAGCACUCGCUGCGCGUCGCCUACGUGGUCUUCUCCUUCUGCGCCGCCUUCUUCCUCGGCGGCAUCAAAGCGAUGGUGGUCGGACCCGUGGCCGCGGCGCUGAUGAUCCUGGGCAACGUCGGCGUCAUACUCGUGCUCUUCCCAGCGCACGUCUGGUGGACCAUCUACUCGCUCAUCAAGACUGACCGCAUCAACGCGGGCCUGAAACUGGCUGUGCUCAUCGCGCUGCCGGUUCUGUUCGGCCUCUGGCUGGGGCUCGGCAUCUUCGGCAGCGCGCUGGUGGCGCUCGGCUACGGCUUCUUCACGCCGUGGAUCUCCACCUUCGAGGCGUUCCGGCAGGAGAGCGAGGCCAAGAAGUUCGUGCACGGCAUUGUGGACGGGACGUGGGGCACGAUCAAGGGCAGCUGCACGGUGGUUAGGGACUUCGCGGACAUAUGCUUCCACUCCUACCCGGUCUACCUCAAGGAGCUGCGCGAGAGCUCCCAGGAUCGUGAGCCCCAUUCGAUAAGGUUGCUGGAUGUGCCUUCAUGCAUAGUUGUUGCUCUCCUUGGGUUAGUCGUGGACAUACCGCUCUACACGGUGAUCGCGCUGAUCAAGAGCCCCUACAUGCUCUUCAAAGGCUGGCAGAGGCUGCUGCACGACCUCAUCAGCCGCGAAGGCCCGUUCCUUGAAACAGUCUGCGUGCCGAUCGCUGGCCUGGCCAUCCUUUUCUGGCCACUGGUGGUGGUUGGGAGCGUCCUGUUGGCUAUUGUCUCCAGCAUUUUCGUGGGCCUUUACGGAGCAGUCAUUGUCUUCCAGGAGAAAUCAUUUCACAGGGGAGUUUCAUAUGUCGUGGCCAUGGUUGCAGAGUUCGAUGAGUACACCAAUGAUUGGCUUUACCUCCGUGAAGGAACAAUUCUCCCAAAGCCUUCCUACAGAAAGAGGAAAUCAUCCAACUCCACAGAGUUCUCAGUCAGAACAAAUGCCUCUGUCAAAGGAGCUGAAUAUCCUUCUGGAUCCGGUGAAGCACCGGCAAUGUUGGUUCCGACUUUGGCUCCUGCAAGAUCAGUAAGAGAGGCUAUACAAGAAGUCAAAAUGGUCCAGAUAUGGGAGAACAUGAUGAAGGCAUGCGAGCAGAGGGGCAGGGACCUUCUGAACGUGAAUGUCAUAACGGCCGUCGGUCUGACCGAGUGGCUGAGGGCAAAGGAAGGCGGCCACGAGACCAUAAGCCUGGGCCUGCCUUCCUACUCCCUUCUGUGCACCGUGCUGCAGUCGAUCAAGGCCGGCGCCGGGGGGCUGCUGCUGGGCAACGUCGAGGUGAAUCAGCACAACAGGCCCCAGGACCGGCUGCUGGACUGGUUCUUCCACCCUGUGCUGGUGCUGAAGGAGCAGAUACAGGUGCUGAAGAUGACCGAGGAGGAGGUGAGGUUCCUGGAGAAGCUGACCCUCUUCGUCGGCAACGCCGCGAGCGCUGGCGGCUGGGACAACGGCGCCGAGGUGCCCAAGGAUCCCGUGAGGCUGGCGCAGAUUCAGGCCAUCAGUAGAAGGCUGGUCGGGAUCGUGAGGAGCCUGUCGAAGUUCCCGACGUACAGGAGGAGGUACAGGCACGUCGUGAAGCUGCUCAUCGCGUACUCCAUCGAGCGGGACGGCUCGUGUAGGUCGUCGGCGUCGAGCCACUCGGUUUCGUUCUUCGAAAUAACACAGCUCGACGUGUAAAUUUCCGGAACGAUCUCGAAUUGUAAUUAAGCCAUCUUAGGAUCAGAUAGCUCCAGUUUUUUCGUUCUUUUUUCUUCAUCAGUAAAUAUCGCACGCCGUUUUGUCAGUGCCCUUUGUGUAUCUCAAGCCUAGUAAGGAGGUUCUUGUAGGUCGACUAGUCGUUACAGACAGGAGAUAGGCACCAUUUGCAGAUGCUGCUCAGGCCGGUGUUCACGUGCCGAAACUUCAGACACAAGUCAGCCACCGCACCGCACAAUUGUACAAUUGCUUUUGGGUAUAGCUUGUCAAUCCAAUGCACAUGUGUUGUUCUCUUA